AUGUCAAGGGACGAUGACGCACAAGGAGGCGGUGGCGCUGCAGGACCACAGCCGGUGAACGCAGCAGCCCAGCCGGCUAUGACAGCGCCCCUGACGGCGACGUUCAACAUCAAACCACCUGAGCCUUUCGACCUCGCGAAGCCACACAAGUGGGAGAAGUGGAUAAGGAGGUUUGAAUGUUUUAGACUUGCGAGCAACCUAAACUCUUCCUCGGAGGCGAAUCAAGUUAAUAUGCUUGUAUAUUGCAUGGGGGACGAGGCUGACGAUGUGCUACGAGGGCUUGAUCUGACACCUGAGCAGCGGCAGCGGUAUGAAGCGGUCGAGAACGGAUAUGACGGGUUUUUUAUCCCAAAGAAAAACGCCAUAUACGAACGGGCCAAAUUCAACAAGAUAUUACAGCAGCCUUCAGAGCCAGUGGAUGUAUUCAUCACAGCACUUCAUGCACUGGCUGAAACCUGUGAGUAUGGCGACCUGCAUGACAAGCUCCUGAGAGACAGGAUAGUGGUGGGAAUUAAAGAUGCAUCCCUAUCAGAGAGAAUGCAAUUAGAUAGGGACCUCACCCUAGCAAAAGCCAUCACAAUGGCCAGACAGUCUGAGGAAAUUAAGAGACAACAGACUGAUCUGAGAGAUCGAAGUGCAAGCAAGGCGGACAUGGAUGCUAUGCAUUUUAAGAGGGGGAAACAGAACAAAUUCAAAAACAAAGAUCAGGCACAGGGACAGUACAAAACUUGGAAGCAUGAUAAACCUGUGCAGAACAGAGCCGAAAAUAAAGCAUGUGGCAAAUGUGGGAAAUCACUCUCUCACCCAGCAACACAGUGCCCAGCCAAGAGUGCAGAAUGCCGCAACUGUGGUAAACGUGGUCACUUUGGGAAAGUGUGCAGAUCCAGUAAAGCGGUGCAUGAAGUUGCUGAAGAUGUGGAUGGACUGUUCUUAGGUGCGUUGGCCUCCGGGGAGCACGACGCCCGAAAGCAUGCUGAACUAGAGCGAGCAGCGAAGGCAGGUGUCACACUCAACAUGUCAAAAUGUGAGUUUGGAAAGAGAGAGGUCAAGUUUCUUGACUACAUCAUCUCAAAACCAGAGCUGUGCAGUACAUGA